GCAGAUCCUAUGACACGCGUGACACUUCAUGCAACAGCCUCACUGGUCUCUGCAUCCCGAGUCCUGCCUCCUAUGUUGCACUGCCCUGUCCUGCCAAUAAUAUUACUGAAGAAGCACAGCUAGCUCAUCCAUCCAUCCCCCUUCCUUCGUUUGAGAAUUAAGCAAACAAUUACAGAACUGAAGCAACAAACAAUGUCGAGUACUCACCCAGAGGUUCCAGGCGAGCCAACCAAGACUGGCACGGCCUUCCUUGAGACUUCCACUGCCACCAUCCAAAGCUUUGCUCCUAUCAACCAGAUCCACCAGCAUCUCUGCGCGUUCCAUUUUUAUUCCUAUGACAUGACUCGCCAAGUCGAGGCGCAUCACUACUGCGCACAUCAAAACGAGGAGAUGCGCCAGUGCCUCAUUUACGACAGCCCCGACGCCGACGCUCGGCUUAUCGGGCUGGAGUAUGUCAUAUCAGAGCCCCUGUUCCUGACGCUGCCGGACGACGAGAAGCGCCUAUGGCAUUCCCACGAGUACGAGGUAACGAGUGGGUUGCUGUUCAUGCCGGGUGUUCCGGGUCCGAUAGAGAGGCAGGACAUGGAGAAGCUUGCCAAGACGUAUGGUAAGGUGUUCCACUUCUGGCAGGUUGACAGGAAGGACAAUCUUCCUCUUGGGAUCCCGCAGGUGAUGAUGGCCUUCACUCGGGAUGGCCAGAUCUACGAAGACCUUGUCAAAGGUGUUGAGAACCGAUAUGGGAUAUCAGUGGCGAAGGAGAGGGAGAAUCGAGCUUACAUAUCGGGGCCAACGCAUGGAAUACACCCACUGGCAAAUGGUGGAGGAAAGGGACUCAAGACUGAGCUGAGGGAGGUAGACUGCAAGCCCCCAGAUUCCGUGCCCAGGGUCUUUGCUUGAGUAUUAAUUAAUAUUUACAAAUUAAAUAAGACUAGCUGUAAUAUCAACAACGGUCAAUAUGUAUGUAUAUAUAGGAAUCUAUAUGUAGUAAUUUAUAUGGUUUUUUU